CGGCCGCGCGGCGCCAUGCUGGCGGAGCAGGAGACCCGCGAGGACCAGGAGAACGUGCCGCCCGCCGCCGCCUCCAAGGGGGGGCCGCCGCCCGCCGCCGCCGCCCGCGUGGCGCUGGGCCCGCUGCGGGGCGCGCAGCAGGGCGGCGGGCGGGCGCCAUUUUGCGGCGGCGGGGAGCUGUCAGCCGCGCCCGGGGGCGGCGGGGAGCACGGCCCCAGGCGGCGGCAGCAGCCGCAGCCGCAGCCCUUCAGCGUGUACCGGGAUGAGCCCGACGGAGAGCGGCGGCGGGGCGGCCCCGCGGCGCAGCGGCGGAGGAAGGAGGAGGAGGAGGAUGAGGAGGCAGCGCUGGGCAUGGGGCUGCGGGCCGCCGUCGGGGCCCUCGGGGAGCGGCGGCCCCUGGCGCCCCUGGGCAACGCCAUGGAGCUCAGCUUCGAUUCUCCAAGUAUUAUGGAUAUUUCAAUAACCUCAGAAGUGGAAGAGAAAAGACCAAACGUUAAUAAUGUGCCAGACUAUAUCAGUGAUAUCCAUACCUACCUUAGGGAAAUGGAGGUGAAAUGCAAGCCUAAAAUAGGCUACAUGAAGAAGCAACCUGAUAUCACAAACAACAUGCGGGCUAUUCUUGUGGACUGGCUGGUGGAAGUUGGAGAAGAAUACAAAUUGCAGAACGAAACCCUGCACUUAGCUGUAAACUACAUUGAUAGGUUUCUUUCUUCAAUGUCUGUUUUGAGAGGAAAGCUUCAGCUUGUGGGUACUGCAGCUAUGCUGCUUGCAUCAAAAUUUGAGGAAAUCUACCCUCCUGAAGUAGCAGAAUUCGUCUACAUCACGGAUGACACCUACAACAAGAAGCAAGUUCUAAGGAUGGAGCACUUAAUUUUGAAGGUUUUGUCGUUUGACUUGGCAGCUCCAACAAUCAACCAGUUCCUCACUCAGUAUUUCCUGCAUCAGCAGACAAAUGCUAAAGUUGAGAGCUUAUCGAUGUAUCUGGGAGAGCUCACUCUCAUUGAUGCUGAUCCCUACCUGAAAUACUUGCCGUCAGUCAUCGCUGCUGCAGCGUUUCAUCUAGCAGGCUAUACGAUCACUGGACAAACUUGGCCUGAAUCUCUGUGCAAAGCGACAGGCUACACCCUUGAACACAUCAAGCCUUGCCUCGUGGACCUACACAGGACCUACCUCAAAGCAGCACAACACACACAACAGUCCAUAAGGGAAAAGUACAAGAGUACAAAGUACCAUGGAGUAUCACUUAUUGACCCACCAGAGACACUAAAUUUAUUGUAAUGAUCAAGAGACUGAUCUUUUAGAGAAAUGUAUAUUACAAGAAAAUGAUGUACAGUUUUAAAAAUGGUUCAAAAUUCUAGGUGUGAUCACUCAAAAUAUUAAUACAGGUUCUGAUGAGCUUAAUUAUGAAGUUAGUUUUAUGUGGUUUUAAUGUAAAUCUUUUGUACAUGCAAUCUUGUUAAAAUACUUCGCUGUGUUGUAAUAAGAAUGUUGUCUUCAAGCACAGGAUUAACCAUGCAGACCAAGUGAAGUCUGAGAUGGCUUAUCUAAGUAGAGAUUAGACAGUACCACUAGCAGUGCAUUAUUAUAGUUGGGCUUGUUCUCCUUCCAAGAGUGACUUGGACACCACAGCAGUAUUUUUGUACUGUCUAGUUAAUGUUGAGACUUAGUAUAGAUCCAAAAUGUGGCUUAACAGAUGUAAUACUGGAAGAAACCGUAUAGCUACGAGCAGAACACCUCCCUGAAAGUGACUUCUGUGAGACUGCCUAGGAUGUGCCAUGAUUUGUAUUUAAUGAUUGCCAGCUCUUCAUCAGGUUGGGUGCUCUGCUGCAGGGACUGCACAGCUGGGAGUAGGAUAUGCAGAAAAUAUUCCCACUAAUGUGUUAGCUGUCCCUGCAGCCCGUCUAUGUCUAGUAAGAACACUGUAGCCACCAGCCUGCUGAGCUUGCACCUCUUCAGAGCUGCAGUACGUGAACUGCUGCUCUGUGCCCCUGAGAGGAGAUGAUGUCCUCGGGGGGUGUGUGGGCGAUGUGCAGAAUGGUACAAAUUCUGUACAUCCUUCUCACGGGGGAGGGGCUCCUCUGUGGCGUGCAGCAAAAAUGUAAAGCAACUGGUCUUACUCCUUAGUUACUAGAACUGUUACAUGAGCAAAGUAGCACAUAACUGUCACUAGAUGAAAUGGACGACUACCUUCAACCUGUAUCAAUGGAGUGAGUGAUGUGCCCCCUACCCCGUUCUUUGUGUAUGUAAAGUAGUCAAUGCAUGGAAGUGGGUUUAACAGAGCCAUUUCCAGGUUGGCAAAUAAACAAAUUUUACAUCUGAUAUUAGUGGUCUUGCCAAUACCUUAAAAUCACUGAGUGUUAGUACUACCAUCUUAAAUCGGAAUUCAUUUCUAGAUCUGUGGAAGGGCAGAAACCUGUGCCACUUUAACUAAGAGUUGACUCAGCACUGGGGAUCUGCACAGCUAAUGGUAGCAGUAUGAAUUCUACAUAGGUGUGAAGCAGUCUGCGAGGGCUAUAU